AUGGCCGCGGCCGGCGACGCCGCAGAGGCCGCGCUGCUGCAGCAGGCCGGCGAGCGGGUGCGGCUCGCACGCGAGCUGGCGGCGCAGCUGCAGCUGCGCUGCGGCGCGGCCUUGCGGGGCGCAGAGGCCGCCGAGCGGGAGGCGGCCGGCUGGCUGCGCAUCGAGCGGUGGCUGCUGCGGGAGGGCGAGGCGCCGCGCCGUGCAGGAGGCGCAGAGGCCGCGGCGGAGCGGGGGGGGCUCGGCAGUGCCGGCUGGUGGGCGCGCGUGGCCAGCGAGGAGCGCCGGCCGAUGGAAGGCGCUGCCCGCGGGCCGGCCACGGCGGCUCUGUUGGCUCUGUCGGGCGAGGCCACCGAGCUCACGGACGUGCGGUGCGAAGAGAUGCUGGCGUUUGAGCGGGGGCGCUGCAGAGAGGAGCGAGCGCGUGCUCGGGCCGAGGAGCGGAGGUGCGAGUCGUUGCGGCGCGAGGUCUCCGUGUGGCAGCGCGCUGGCGCCUCGGAGGGCGGGCCGCAAGACGCUGGGCAGCUGCUCGCGCAGCUCCGGCGCCUCGAGCGUGCGAGCACCGAGGAUCUCGCUUCGCUCGGGCGCGAGCGCUGCCGACUGGAGGAGGAGGUACGCCUUGUCUGCGCGGAGGGCGCGGGGCUGAGGGCGCGCUGGGCUCGCGCGGAGGAGCUGAGCUGCGAGGUGUUGCUAAGGGCUGGCUCGGCUGAGGCGGCGGCCGCUGCUGGGAGGAACGAGGUAGCGGCUUUGGGGGCCGUGACGACCCGCCUGCGGAGCGAGCUGCAGGGUACCCAGCAGCUGCCAGUGCUCUCCGAGGAGUUGCGGUCGGAGCAGCAGGAGAUCUGCGACUUGCGCCGCGAGCUGUGGCGCCACCAGCGCGAGCUGGAGCAAGUCGCUGCCGAACGGCACUUCCACUCGUCUCUGGAAACAUCCGACUUGAGACGACGCUCUGAUUCUCUGCGCGCCGAAAUAUCGGCAAUAACACACACGCUCCAGUUUUGAGCAAGAGCAUGCUCUCGACUUUGUGCCGUCAUGGAUUGCAUUUAUUUGCUUAUGAUGCUGAAUGAAGAAGGAGGAAAACGCCAUACAUAUCAACUUUUGGCGCUCCGCGCGGAUUCCUUGAGGCCCCCUGGCGGCGCCUCCGACGCCGCCCCUGGCGCGCUCCGCGUCGCCAGGGAGGGGCUUGCAGCGCAGAUCCAAGAAAUCCGCACGGAGCGCCACAAGUUUAUGUUUAUGCCAUUUUUUUCUGGAACACAGACUACUUGUUUAAUGAUGUUUAAUGCCUGCACUUUGUAGCCAGAUGAUCUUGGCACCGUCACUUCUUUGGACACCUCCUCGUGACGCACAUGCCUAUAGUGAUGCGAAGAGACUUGGACAGCAUGCGGUACACUCCUUGACUGUGUAGUGCUUCGUUGCGCUUCAUCGCGCCAUCAUGGUAAUGAAUCCCCAGGCCAGCACGCAAUCGGUACUUUGUUUUCCUAGGCAUUAUGUGCCCAUUCUGGUUUCCGCGCAUUGUGUAUGGCACGAUCCGUUCUUGGUCUUCAGUUUGAGGCUUCGCUGGAUCCACCUCAAGUGGCCUCGUAGAUGCUGUGCCUGACAGAAAGACAGUGCUAUUUGAAAUGGGUGCACUGUGUUGCUUCCAUGGUUUCUUGGUCUGAGAUCGAGCACAAUGUAGCCAUAUCCUGUUAUUACCAUCGUCCCUUCGCGCGGCUCAUCGAGUCCCUCA